AUGAUAGGUGAAAAGCUUGAAGAGCUAUUUGCUCUUAUUUCGGCGCGGGAUCUACUCAGUCAGGCAGCAUGGAGCAAGCUGAGCUUGGCCACAGUAUUACCUCCAGUGCUCACGGUCUUGGGCCUACUGAUCAUGAUAGACUAUGGCUACAUGCUAUAUCUACACUUUAAGAUGCCCCCAGGCCCCCUUCCACUCCCCUUAAUAGGAAACACACACCUCCUCCCAGACAACAAACCCUGGAUCUACUUUGAGCAAUUAUCAAAACAAUACCAAUCCCCCAUAAUCACAUUCUGGACCGGUCGACGCCCAACCCUCUGGAUAUGCGACGCCUGGACCGCAAACGAACUCCUCGACAAACGCGCCGCAAUCUACGCCUCCCGCCCACGCAUGGUUGUCUUCAGCGAGCUCGGCGCCGGCCAGUCCAAUCUAGUCAACAUGUACUACGGCGAUAGAUGGCGCUUGCACCGGAAACUAACCCAUAUGGGAGUUGGUCUGCAGCAGGUGCGGAAUUAUCGGGGGUUUCAGAAUGACGAGAGCAAGGUUGUUGCGUUUGAUUUGUUGCGGGAGCCGACGGAGUAUGUGAAGCAUUUUGAGCGGUAUGCAACGAGUGUGGUGUCUAUUAUUGGGUUUGGGAGGCGGGUGGCUAGGUACACGGAUCCGAUUAUUACGGAGGUUAUUGCUGUUAUGCAGCGGGCGGCGGAGUUGAAUGUUCCUGGGAAGACUUUUCCGAUGUUGAUGGAGUCGUUUCCUUUUCUUGCCAAAUUCCCUAACUGGAUGGCACCCUGGAAACAAGGUCUAGGUAAAGGACAAGGCCGAGGACGACCAUUCUUCUACGCGCUCGCCGAAGAAGCAGCCCAGAAGCCCGACACAGACUCGUGUUACGCGAAGAAACUCUUUGAGGAGGGACCGAAGCACGAUCUCUCACGCAUGGAGAUCUCCUCGCUAUCGGGGAACCUGUUUGGUGCUGGUAGCGACACCUCCAGCUCGACACUGGUCACUUUCGUCCUUGCGUGUUGCGCGUUUCCCGACGCAUUGCCUAAAGCCUGGGAGGAACUUGAUCGAGUCGUGGGAUCACAUCGGAGCCCGACAUUCGACGAUGAGCCGGACUUGCCCUACGUGAAGGCGUUUGUGAAGGAGGUCCUGCGGUGGAGAUCCGUUGCGAUUAUUGGAGGGCAGCCGCAUGCGCCUAUUAAAGAUGAUUAUUAUAAGGGCUGGUUCAUCCCACGAGGAACCUGGGUCCAGGGUAACGUUUGGGCUAUCCACCAUCAUGAGCGAGAGUUCCCCGAGCCAGAUCGUUUCAACCCGAAUCGAUAUCUGAAGGAUAGUGCCGACCAUCGCCCAUUCCCUGGCGAAAAGGGAUACAUGACCUUUGGAUGGGGACGGCGUGUGUGCAGUGGCCAGGGACUAGCGGAACAAGGAACCUUCAUCACGAUUGCGCGGCUCCUUUGGGGAUUCAGGAUUGAAAAGGCACUGGAUGAGCAGGGCAAUGAAAUUCCCGUGGAUAUUUUCGACUUUACGAAUGGUCUCAAUAUGCGACCUAAUCCCUUCGAAUGCAGAAUCACACCUCGUAGCCCUGAAAUUCGAGCCGCUAUUGACAGAGAGGGCCGGCAGGCAUUGCAAGACCUGUCUCGUUUCGAUGGCGAGACUCAAUACCGCAUGAGCACAUACUACGCCACGGAGAAACUAUGA